AUGGGACCCAGAGCCAUUAUCGUGGGAGGCAGCGUGGCAGGGCUAUCUUUCGCCAAUAUGGUAGAGCAACUCGGCAUUGACUACAUUCUCCUCGAGGCCCACGACACUAUUGCGCCCCAGCUUGGAGCCAGUAUCGGCCUGCUCCCCAACGGCCUGCGCAUCCUCGACCAGAUCGGCUGCUACGAAACUAUCCGGGACAAGGCGGGGGACUUUUACAACCACACAAACUUGCGAGGUGCUGACGGCCGUCCCCUCAUGAGAAAACAGUCCACUAGCCUCUCGGAGCAGCUGGAGGAGAAGACUGGUUACCCGUGCAUCUUUAUAGAUAGGCAAUUCCUCCUCCAGGUCUUGUACGAUAAUAUUAAGGAUAAGGACAAGAUCCUCGCCAGCAAACGCGUCACAGGUGUCGAGGUCACUGCUGUUGGCGUGCAGGUCCAGACGCAAGACGGCUGCACCUACGCUGGCGACUUUCUAAUUGGCGCCGACGGGGUCCACAGCACUAUCCGGAAGGAGAUGUGGCGGCUUGCUAACCAGAUGAGCCCUGGCAUCUUUUCCCCAGACGAAGGGUCGAAGCUCAAAGCUAGCACAAAGUGCAUCUUCGGCAUUUCCCCCCGGCCAGCGACGUUCCCUCACCACGCGCAGGACAUUGUAUUCUAUAAGGGAUGGAGCUACCUAGUCAUUUCGGCGCCAGGAGACCGGGUGUACUGGUUCCUAUUCAGCCCUGUGCCAACUGCGAAUGGCGCAAAUAUACCUAGGUAUACAGCUGAGGACGAGGCUAGCUUUGCAGGCCAGCAUCUCAACGAUAAUAUAACUGAGACAGUGACCUUCCGGGACCUCUACGUCAACCGCCACAUUGCUACACUAGUGCCCCUGCAAGAGCACGUCUUCUUACGAUGGCAUUUCCGAAGGAUCUUUACUAUUGGGGACUCCGCCCACAAAGUACAUCCCAUUACAGCCCAGGGCGGCAACGGCGCAAUAGAGUCGGCGGCAGUGCUGGUCAACGCCAUUUCGCGCAGACUCGACGAGUGUCCGCAGGGCCUGUCCGAAGAAGCUCUCGAGGCUGCGUUCGUCGAAGUCUACGAGCGCCGCUACAACCGCGCGCGAGACGUCGUGAAGCAAGGAGAGCAGAUGCAGUCCCUCACCAGCCUCGAAGGCCCCUUUUCGGGCCUGCUGAUUCGUUAUCUGGUCCCCCUGUUUGGGGACGCGCUCUUCCUCAAAUCGUUCCUGAAGACCUCGCUGGCGGGUCCCCGAAUCGACAAGAUUGACCUCCCCAAGAGACCGCACGCUGUUCAGUUCAAUGAUGAGAAGGUCGAUCAGGCAGGGGGUUAUUCCUGGGUGCUUUGGAGUGCCGGCGCGCUUGUUUCAGGGCUUCUUGUAAUGUUCUUCUACUAG